AUGAAGGCAUCGACGGAUCGUCAGCGUGCCGAAGAGUUGGCACAUUUUUGUUAUACGAUGUUGGGUCUGAGGUAUCCGAAUGAGCCAACGUAUGCAACAUGGACCUCUCUUUUGGCCAGUUUUGAUCCUGAGUGUUCCAGCUUUGAUUUGCGCAGCAAAUAUGAGACAGUGAAAAAUGUCUGGCAGAAUGCAAAGACAAGAUUGGCGCGGACGCAUGUGACACCUGCACUGAUGCUGCCUAAGUUGCCGUUGUCAUUUGAUGAAUUGACGGCAGAUAUGCAGGCAGCAUAUGGGGAGGCCAGGCCACUUGCGCAGUGGCCCGUAUCGACCCAAGAGGUGGAAAGGCAAUUCUUGCGAGUUCCCAUGCGGAGCUUGCAUGCGAGCUUACAGGAAGAGAAGAAGGAUGUGGUCCACAAGCUGGCGGAUGCAAUAAUCAAGAGGAUCGAUUGGGGAGGGCGUCGUCGAUCGGAUGAAACCUCGAACAUGUUGCCUGGUUUGAAAUUUUUUUCCCCAGGUAAAAGGAAUGGCAGCUCUGAUGUGGCUGGGUCUGAGAAGCGCUGUCAGAUGGCAGCGCUGAGCAAUGGGCAGGGCGCGGGCAGUACGAGAGGAGAACCUGCGCGGUUCUUGAGUCUGACAGAUGGGCCUAGGGCGCUGCGGGCGUCUGCUGAGGCUGAAGUAAGCGAACAUGCGCCGGCGACAACGACGUCGGCGCCGGUAUCGGCGAGCAAAGUUGCGAUUCCAAAUUUGCAGCUCGUGCCUGCCCAAGGUUCAUCUCCCGAUCUCUUGCGCAGAGGCCGCAAUGGGACAGAUGCAACGAAGAGAGCCCGCGUGGAUGCUGGAAUUAUUGCUUCGCCUACGCGGCAGCAGAAUUCUUCCGUGGAUGGGGAGCCGGAGCAGGACGUAGCUGGCAAUGCUUCGGUGCCUGCGCGGCAUGCGACCAGCAAGACAGCUACAGGAUCCUAUGAGGCUUUGGCAGAAGAGUUUUUGGAGGCACGGAAGAUGGAGCAGAAGCCCAAGACUGCUGCGAGCAGUUCUUGGAAGGCGAGCAAGAAGAAGCUGGCUGCGUCUGCCGUGCUGAAGCUGAAGCGACCUGCGGGGUGCCUCAAGAGACCAGCUGCUGCAAAAGGUCUAAAGGAUGCUUCGGUGCCUGCGGAGGUGACUGCUUUCCAAAAUACCACCUUCGACGCUCGGAAGUAUGGCAAGUGCAAAGUUGAGUAUUAUUCUCAGAAGAGCUACAUUCGGAACUUCCAAGAGAAGUGGGUCAUGAUUGUGGGAAGCACGCAUCGAAAGCACAAGUAUGUCUGCAAUAUGCUGGUGCCGCAUGUGAAGAAAGGAGCAUCCCGAGAGGAACUCCUUCGCAUUCGUGAACGCAUCCUUCAGCAACUUGCUGACCAGCAUGGUGCGGCCAUGCCGGGAUCGUUGCUGCACUGCAGCACGCGUAGUAUGGCCAGAGGCUACGCGCACAUGCCGUUUGGAAGCAUGGGGCGCCGCUACGAGUUGCCGACGAUCACCGAAGAGGAGGAGGUAAAGUCAAGCAGCUAUGAGUCGGUGACAGAGGAAGAGGGCGCUCCAGAAGCCAACCCCACGCGGGAGGCUCCAGAAGGCCACCGCGUGCCGGAGGCUGCAGCGGGCGAUAGUCGAGAGCCGCCGGUGACUCCAGCUCGUGCUCCGGCUUUGCGCAAGAGGGCUGCGGGCCCGGAUGAGGACGAGGGGUCGUCGGACUCACAUGGUCCGCGUCAUCGUUCCCGCGGACGUUCGCCGUCCAGGGCAAGGGCAGGGCAUCGAACGCCUUCGCCGCCUCCGCGUCCCAGGUCACCUGCGGGGUUGCCUGGAGCUUUUCCCAAGAGUCGUCCGAGGGUCCCUGAGCCGCCUCAGCCGGCGCACAAAGGUCGCGGGAAGGGGUUCAAACCGCAGAAGCCCAGGUGCCGCUUCUGCUGGAAGGAGGUGACUGCUCAUGAAAGUGGACAGAGACAGCAUGAGUAUUGGUCCACGUAUUGCCUGUCGUGGCAAUUCAAGAGGGCAGGGUAUCCUCACACCGAGUGUGACCAAUUGGCAGAGGAUCUGAAGCAACGCAGGCUGGAGCGCUUCGAACAACUGGGGCCGGAUCCAGAUGCCCACGUGGCAUUCCCAGAGCAGCCGGGAGGCACUGCAGCACCAGCGCUGGCUACGCGCCCGGCGCUGCCGGCGUCGUCCUACAAGGACAGCCGUGUGCCGGCGUCUGCGGAAGAGAGAAAGGAGAAGAAAGAGAAGAAGAAGAAGCAGAAGGAGGCGCCCAAGGAGCCGCACAAGGACAGCCGCAAAGAGAAGAAAAGAGAGAAGUCGAGCAAGGCUGCUGCGCACGACGCGGCUCCGGAAAAGAAGGCAAAGAAAAAGAAGAAUAAGGGAAACAAGAUCCAUGUGAUCGCGGUGUCGCCUUCUCCUGAGACGAUGCGUCGACGCAAGCGGGAGCCGCGCAGCUCCAGUGAGUCUGACAGCUCGGAGGAGAAUUUGAGAUUGGUCAGCUGUGGCGGCGGUAAGUACCGUCUCAUUCGAGGAUGA